AUGUUGCACAUUUACACUCUCCUCCUAACGGUGGGAUUUCUUGGGCACUACGUUUCGGGGUUUCGCAACCCCAUCAUAAGCGGAGUCAACGCGGAUCCAACUGCCAUUCGUGUGGGAGACGAUUACUUCUUAGUAACUUCCUCUUUCGAGUACUUCCCAGGCCUACCCAUUUACCAUUCUACGGACUUGGUAGACUGGAAAAUCAUUGGACAUGGCCUAACAAUUAAGAACGCAAUCUACGACCGCCAAUUGCUCGCGAGUGGCGGUAUUUUUGCACCCACGCUACGCCAUUACAAUGGCACUUUCUACCUGAUAACCAACUACGCCGAUUCUUUCAAUCCAUCUGAUCAGCGGCCAUUCUUGAUCACCACCAACGACAUCUUCUCGGGAAAUUGGAGUAUGCCAACGUACUUUGAUCAGACAGGAAUCGACCCGGACUUGUUCUUUGACGAUGACGGAUGCGUAUAUCUGUCUACCGCUCUGCCUGAAUUCGCACCUACAGGUGGGAACAGCACCAUCUGGCAGUCUCAGGUGGAUGUCACAUCUGGAAAAUCACUGAUCCAGCCUGUAAUGAUAUAUCGCUCAGAUUUGCCGUUAAAGAUUCGGUGGGCCGAGGGCCCCCACGUGUACAAGAUCAAUGGCUCCUACUACUUGUCUGUCGCCGAAGGUGGUACUGAAGUCCUCCAUCGCCAGACCAUACACCGAGGCCCAUCUCCCUCUGGUCCCUGGGAGGCAAGUCCUCUAGGUCCCCUGCUCUUCAACGGCCGCGACACUUCCGCACCAGUCCAACAAACAGGCCACGCCGAUCUUAUCGUUCGUCCCGACGGCAAAUGGUAUUCCGUUUUCCUAGCUGUGCGCCCCCAGAAUCCCAACAAUAUCAACGGUUCUUGGAUCCUCGGUCGCGAAACUUACUUGAGUCCUGUGACUUGGAGUGAGGACGGCUGGCCUCUGGCUAACAAUGGGUCUGAGAUCACAUUUGAAAUGGCAGAUCCAGAUAUUGCUGCCACUUCGAUUGAAAACACCACCUGGCAUGACACCUUCUCGUCAUCUGUCCUGGACCCCAGUUGGGAGUUCCGAGGUACACCUUACGGAGACUGGUACCGUAUCAAUGAUUCAUCUUUGGUACUGCGAGGGACGCCACGGGCUCUCGACGCUCUUGACGGCAUGGCUCUUGUAAUUCGUAGACAGGAUAGCCUUUGGCACGAUUUCAGUGCAGACUUGGAAUUCCAGCCGACGCUCGAAUCGCAUGAGGCUGGUGUGGUAGCUUGGGUCAACGACGAAUACCACAACACCAUAUCUGUCGUCCUCUGCAAGGACCAGCCAAGUUCAGUCUGUCUCAAAACGGCGACCAUUGGGCAAGGGAUAGAGAUCGAUGGUAACGUCACUACAACCUAUCAUCCUUUGGGCACAGAGCAUGUCUCCGAUGAGGGCGUGGCUGUACGGAUUUACAUCAGUGCUACUCCCGAAACCUACAAAUUCGGGUAUCUUCCUCUGGGAUCUGAGAAUGUCACCUGGGUCACUGCUUUUCCAUCGUCCUGGAUGGCGGCUCGUUCUGGGGGACGUACAUCUUGGCACGGUGCUCGUAUGGGUCUGUAUGCGACUGGGAACGGUUUUCCCAUGCUCAAAGAAGCAGUCUUUAAAAAUGUGGAGGCUGUGAGUAAUUAUAAAUGAGGCCCAUGGCUGCAAUAUAGGUUUAAGAUUGGGGUUAUGCGACAAUCGAAGCCUUUGUACAUAGAUGAGG